CUGCUGUUUGAUGCCCUUUUGCCGACAAACAUUUUGUACACUUGCUUGCGGCUUUACACACUGCUCCAUUCCUGUUUUUAAUAAAUCCAGUUUUGUGUUCGAAUUACAAUAAAAGCAAUGUGUGCCUGUCGAUUGCUUAUUACAAGCCGUAGCCUUGCCUGGUUUGUGGUUACAUUGGUUGCAUGCAUGACACUGUUUUGUGCAAUCGUCCAGCCGAAAUGGCUCAUCGGUCCGGAAGUGAUACAAAUCUCGAACGAGGAAGGUAACUUUACCGUCAUUCGUCAUCCAUCGGUGGGAAUUUACAAUCGAUGCAAACGCAUGGGCAAUUCAGAGUACAACUGUGGCAACUUCGAUCUGAACGGGCUGCUGACGGAUUCGAGCGUUUUUCCGGUGGCAUGGAAAUUCACCAUGUUCUUGAUGUGUGUGGGCACAAUUCUGCUAAGCCUUACGCUGAUCAGCAUGUUGGUCAUCUGCUGUCGUGUGCAUUCGUUCUUUGGCUUCAGCAUGCACAAAUUUCUGUGCAUUUUCCAAGCAAUCUCUGCCAUGCUGGUAUUGUGUGGCUAUCUCGUCUAUCCGCUCGCCUGGGAUGUACCACGAGUGAAGAAACUUUGCGGACCGGAUGCUGAACCUUUUUCACCGGCAGAUUGUACGCUGGGAGAGUCGAUCUACGUUGCUGCCGUUGGUGUGAUGCUCACAUUCUUCUGUACCGUGCUGAGCCUGAAGGCAGAAGCUUCCUACUACAGUGCCAAAGCGCAGCGUCGCGUCAUUGAUGGAGAUGUUCUGGUGUGCGUUAUGUGAACCAAACCAUGGCAUGCUUAUCCUUAAACUGGGCGAAUCUCUUUUUAUAUACAUGUGUUUAGUGCAGCUAUAUUUUUGCCAUCACCAUGGCAGCUGCAACGUAUCGGUUAAGGUAGAGGACUAGGAAACCAUCAAAGAAAGCGGGCAUUUUCCUUACUGUGUUACCGAAUUAUUUUUUUUUAUACCAAGCGCUACAAAAGGAAACAAAACGUUGUGCAGACGGUAGCAUAAACUAUAUUAAGCGUUUAUUUCGGAUACAGACAAAAUUAAACCAAAGUCAGUACGGUCGUAAUCUCCAGUGAAAAUGUUACAAAUGCGCAAUCAGCGUAAGGCAUGCCCGCAGUAUAGCAUUAGGAGCAAAACAUGACACAUUAUAUUGUGCGCUCUCUAUGAUUUUUUAAAAUUACUUUUGAAUAUUUCUCACUCACACACGGUGCCUUCCAAUGUACGCCGCGAUUUUUUUUUUCUUACGUAUAUAAUAAGCAUCAAGUCAUUCGAACAUUCGCAUGACUAAUACCAUCCUCGAAGUGCCAAGUAUUGUAUGCAUUCGAUGUACUUUUUAUAGGCCAUAUUUUCUCUCGAAACAAAUAUACAACACUUUUGUAACACUUUUAUAAA